CCCAGCAUCUCCCCACAGCUCCAUGCGCAUGCGCGGGCCCCUAGCCUCAGCCGCUUCUACGAUGCCGCCACUGCCGACGACGACGAGGUCAAUCACAGUACACGAGCCCCCGCGCAGGUUCCCCCCCGCCGACGGCAGUGGUGGUGACGGACGCCCCGCACACCACCUCGACGACACGCGCACCAAGUUCGGCAACCCGUGGUCCUCAUUCAGGUUCCAAGAACCCGCGCAGUGGGUCUCCAUGAUAUACAACAACGCGGUCCACUCCCCGCCGGUCCCUCCAGACAUAAAGUCCGCCAUCCCAACACAAGCCCCAACCUGGGGCCACGCCCCCGGCACCUUACACGCCGCCAAGGCCACCUGGCUCGGCCACGCAUGCUACCUCGUCGAGCUCCCCGCGCCCCCCGGCGCAGCACGCGGCCCGCGCAUCAUCUUCGACCCCGUCUUCUCAAAGCGCUGCUCCCCGUCCAAGCUCCUCGGCCCCGCGCGCUACACCGAUCCGCCGUGCAAGGUCGAGGACGUGCCGCCCGUGGACCUCAUCGUGCUCUCCCAUAAUCACUACGACCACACCGACAUCCCGACCCUCCGCGCCCUCACGCCCACGCCCGACCGCACCCGCACCCACCCACACAUAUUCGUCCCGCUCAACAACGCCACGCCCCUCCGCCCCCUCCUCCCCCACCCAAGCUCGCGCGCACCGGAGCCCGAGCGCAUACACGAGCUCGACUGGUGGGACGAGCGCGUCGUGCGCCUCUCCCUCCCCGGCGCGCUCGCGCCCCCCGGCCGCGAAAAGGCGCCGCCGGCCGUCGAGGCGCAGCUCCGCAUCACCUGCGCCCCGUCGCAGCACACCUCGGGGCGCACGGGGCUCGAUCGGUGGGCCGCGCUCUGGGCCGCGUGGGUCGUCUAUUUUGCGGGCGACACGGGGUACCGCACGGUGGACGGCGCGAGCGAGGAGGAGAGGAUGGAGGCGCUCGAGCGCGCGGCGCCGUGCUGUCCUGCUUUUCGCGAGGCCGGGGAGCGCUUCGGGGGCGUGGACGUCGCGCUGGUGCCGAUCGGAGCGUACGCCCCGCGCGCGAUGUGGUCGAACCUGCACGCCUCGCCCGCCGACGCGGUGCGCAUCAUGCAAGACGUGCGCGCGCGCCGCGCGCUCGCGAUGCACUGGGGGACGUGGGUGCUCACGACGGAGCCCGUGCUCGAGCCCCCGGCGCUGCUGCGCCGCGAGUGCGAGAAGGCGGGCGUCGGCGCGGACGAGUUUUUGGUGCCUGCGCUCGGGGAGACGGUGUUGUUCUGAGCGGGCGGCGGGCCUUUGCCCGUGCCCGUGCCCGUGCCCGUGCUGGUGUUAGCAGGUACCGAUUCGGCGGGCGGGUGGGCGAUUGAGAGGUGGACGAUGGUGGUAGUGUAUUUUUGGGUCGUGCAUGCAGCAUUGCUAUGUACGACGACUACGACGGCGACGGCGAAUUUUCUACGUGAUCGACGGCCCUUCCGUUUGUA